AUGUCGAGCGACAACACAAGUUCUACCUAUGAAACUCCACAAUUUAUGGAUUUAACAAUAGACAACAUUACAGAAAAUGUAAAAUUGGUAAAUAGUCAAACACCUAAUCCUCGACUAAAAUUCUUAAUGGAAAAAUUAGUAGAAUAUCUUCAUGAUUAUGUACGUGAAACUCGACUUACAAUUGAAGAAUUUAACGAAACAAUUAAAUUUUUAACUGAAUGUGGACAUAUGUGUACUGAUAUUCGACAAGAAUUUAUUUUAUUAAGCGAUAUAUUAGGAGUCAGUGUUCUUGUCGAUGCAUUAAACAAUCCUAAACCAGCAAAUGCUACAGAAUCCACUGUUUUAGGACCAUUUUAUACCGAUGAUGCACCAAAUGUGGUUAAUGGUGAUAGUAUUGCAUCACCAGGUAAAGGAGAAAUGUGUCUUGUACUUGCUACAGUUAAGGAUACCAAGGGUAAUCCAAUUGAAGGAGCCAAGAUUAAUGUUUGGGAGACAGAUGGUACUGGUCAUUAUGAUAACCAAUACGAUAAACGAGAAAGACCAGAUAUGCGUGGUCGACUUACUUCAAAUGAAAACGGAGAAUUUUUUUUUAAAUGUGUAAAACCAGUAUCAUAUCCUGUACCUGCUGAUGGUCCCGCUGGAAAACUGCUAGAAAAACUUCAUCGAUCUGCUUGUCGACCAGCACAUAUACAUUUUCGUAUUCAUGUUCCUGAAAAUAUAUAUGAUGAUUUAGCUACAGCAUUAUACAUCCAUGGUGAUCCAUAUGAAUCAAAUGAUGUUGUUUUCGGUGUUAAAAAAAGUCUUAUUGUGAAUGCUGGAAAAGUGGAAGAUUCAUUAAUGGCAAAGAAAUAUGAUGUUAACGAACAGGAUUGGUUGAUUAAAUAUGAUUUUGUUCUGACGACCAGAGACGAAACUCAAGCACUGCUUACAAUGCCUGCAACCGAUUAA